GGGCCAAGGUGCUGUUGCUGAACUGAAGUGGCGACUGAAGUGGGUCAGAGCUUUAAGCAGCAGCCCCAGUGCCCCAGAGACUCCUAGACCCCCUGCCCAGAGCAGGCAGCAGCAGAGCCAUGAAGAAAUUAGUGGUGCUGGGCCUGCUGGCCGUGGACAUUGUUGGCCUCUGUCUCUUGCUGCCCUUGGCCUCCAAGGAACCUGACAACCAUGUGUACGCCAGGGCUGCCGUGGCUGCGGAUGCCAAGCACUGCUCCGAGAUUGGGAGGGACGCACUGCAGGACGGUGGCUCUGCGGUGGAUGCAGCCAUUGCAGCCCUGUUGUGUGUGGGGCUCAUGAAUGCCCACAGCAUGGGCAUCGGGGGAGGCCUAUUUUUCACCAUCUACAACAGCACCACGCGAAAAGCUGAGGUCAUCAACGCCCGCGAGGUGGCCCCCAGGCUGGCCUUUGCCAGCAUGUUCAACAGCUCGGAGCAGUCCCAAGACGGGGGACUGUCGGUGGCGGUGCCUGGAGAGAUCCGAGGCUUUGAGCUGGCGCACCAGCGGCAUGGGCGGCUGCCCUGGGCUCGCCUCUUCCAGCCCAGCAUCCAGCUGGCCCGCCAGGGCUUCCCCGUGGGCAAGAGCUUGGCAGCAGCCCUGGAAAACAAGCGGACCGUCAUCGAGCAGCAGCCUGUCUUGUGUGAGGUGUUCUGCCGGGAUGGAAAGGUGCUUCGGGAGGGGGAGAGACUGACCCUGCCGCGGCUGGCUGACACCUACGAGACGCUGGCCAUCGAGGGUGCUCAGGCCUUUUACAACGGCAGCCUCACGGCCCAGAUUGUGAAGGACAUCCAGGCAGCUGGGGGCAUUGUGACAGCCGAGGACCUGAACAACUACCGCGCUGAGCUGAUUGAGCACCCGCUGAACAUCAGCCUGGGAGAUGCGGUGCUGUACAUGCCCAGCGUGCCGCUCAGCGGGCCCGUGCUGGCCCUCAUCCUCAACAUCCUUAAAGGGUACAACUUCUCCCGGGCGAGCGUGGAGACCCCGGAGCAGAAGGGCCUGACGUACCACCGCAUCGUAGAGGCUUUCCGGUUUGCCUAUGCCAAGAGGACCCUGCUUGGGGACCCCAAGUUUGUGGAUGUGACUGAGGUGGUCCGCAACAUGACCUCCGAGUUCUUCGCUGCCCAGCUCCGGGCCCAGAUCUCUGAUGAUACCACUCACCCGAUCUCCUACUACAAACCCGAGUUCUACAUGCCAGAUGAUGGAGGCACUUCCCACCUGUCUGUCGUCGCAGAGGACGGCAGUGCUGUGUCCGCCACCAGCACCAUCAACCUCUACUUUGGCUCCAAGGUCCGCUCCCCAGUCAGCGGGAUCCUGUUCAAUGAUGAAAUGGAUGACUUCAGCUCUCCCAGCAUCACCAAUCAGUUUGGGGUGCCCCCCUCACCCGCCAAUUUCAUCCAGCCAGGGAAGCAGCCGCUCUCGUCCAUGUGUCCAACGAUCAUGGUGGGCCAGGACGGCCAGGUCCGGAUGGUGGUGGGAGCUUCUGGGGGCACGCAGAUCACCACGGCCACUGCACUGGUAUGUGUCACCCCUUUUCUCCCUGGCGCUGCCCACCCUGCACAGCCCCCAGGCCAUGCUGAUCACACUCCCAUGCCCCAGGCAAUCAUCUACAACCUCUGGUUCGGCUAUGACGUGAAGCGGGCCGUGGAGGAGCCCCGGCUGCACGACCAGCUUCUACCCAACGUCACAACAGUGGAGAGAAACAUUGACCAGGCAGUGACUGCAGCCCUGGAAACCCGGCACCAUCACACCCAGAUCGCAUCCACCUUCAUCGCUGUGGUGCAAGCCAUUGUCCACACACCUGGUGGCUGGGCAGCUGCCUCAGACUCCAGGAAAGGCGGGGAGCCUGCCGGCUACUGAGUGCUCGGGGCAGACAAAGCUGACCAGCAAUCCAGGGACAAGAUACUCACAAGGACCGGGAAGGGGACUUUGGGGUCGUGCUUCCCUUGUGAGUGGCAGAGCAGCACAAUAAAUGAGGCCAUUAUGCCAGGCUCCAGGCAGCCUCCCUGGCCUGGCUCCCCAC